UUGGUCAGCCUCUUCUGUGACGUUUCGAGGCGACAAAAUAAACAAGUUUGUGACAUGGAUCUAUAAUAGUUUGACGACUUGUGACAGCAACAACUGAAAAAGUUGUCGAGAGAUUAGAUAAUGAUAAAAGCGUGAUAAAGGUAUGGGAUCAUAGAAGAGCUGUGUUUUGGUGCGGAGGAGGAGCUGUGGGUUUGUCUCUGUGCGGUUUGUGCUCCGAGCUGCUCACAUCGACUAUGAGUGACACCAGAGGAAACCAGGAGGAAAAUGAAGUUAUACCUUUACUCACAAACGGCAUGGGCAGCCGGAGUAGAGGAGCCUCCUUUGCUUCUUCGGUUUUUAACCUGAUGAAUGCCAUCAUGGGCAGUGGCAUUCUGGGCCUGGCUUAUGCAAUGGCCAAUACAGGCAUUGUUGGAUUUUGUUUACUUCUGAUGUUAGUGUCUGCCCUGGCAGCCUACUCAGUCCACCUCCUCCUAAAGCUUUGUGACCAAACAGGAAUUAACUCAUAUGAAAGUCUUGGAGAGCGGGCAUUAGAAAAACCUGGAAAGAUCCUGGUUGGAUGUGCUAUUUUGAUCCAGAACAUUGGUGCAAUGUCAUCGUAUUUGUUCAUCUUGAAGUACGAGCUUCCUGCUGCCAUUAACAGUUUCUUAAACGCAGACAACACAAGAACUGAUUGGUAUGAAGAUGGACGACUGCUGCUAAUAUUGAUAACACUCUGUGUUGUUCUACCUUUGGCAAUAUUGCCCAGAGUUGGGUUUCUGGGUUACACCAGUGGUUUGGCUUUUCUCUUCAUGCUGUACUUUACAGUUGUGGUUGUGAUGAAGAAGUGGACUAUCCCUUGUCCUCUGCCUAGCAACGUCACUGUGUCUUAUGGAUCCUUCCAGGUAUCAAAUUCAUCAGACUCAGAGUGCACAGCCAAACUCUUUGUCCUCUCCAGUAAGAGUGCAUAUGCCAUCCCCACAAUGGCCUUCUCUUUUCUGUGUCACACCGCUGUCCUGCCCAUCUACUGUGAGCUGGACCGGCCAACUAAGACAAGGAUGCAGAGGGUUACAAACAUCAGCAUUGGCCUUAGCUUCAUUCUCUACCUUGUGUCAGCCUUGUUUGGAUACCUCACCUUCUACACUCAUGUGGACUCUGAGUUGCUGCAGGGGUAUGACACCUAUCUGCCCCGAGACGUUGUGGUGAUGACUGUGAGAAUUGCCAUCCUGCUCUCCGUCCUCCUGACUGUACCGCUCAUCCACUUUCCUGCCCGUAAAGCAGUCAUCCUUCUUUUGUUCGGAUCACGUCCUUUCUCCUGGUGGAUACACUCCCUGACCACUGUCUGCAUUCUGGCUGUAGUCUUGACCUUGGCCAUCUUUGUUCCUGACAUCAGAAAUGUCUUUGGAGUGGUUGGCUCGACCACCUCCAGCUGCCUGUUGUUUGUUUUCCCUGGUCUUUUCUACCUCAGGAUCAGCAAUCAGCGCUUCAGGUCUUUGGACUAUAUUGGGGCGGUGCUUCUGGUGUUGUUCGGUGUGAUGGUGGGAGCCUUGAGUUUGACACUGAUCAUCUGGACGUGGGUCCAGAGCUCCUGAGGUCUGCCACAAAUAAAAACAACAGAGUGAGGUGAAGGGAAGACCCCACCAGGGACGCACAACACUCACUUACUGCUGCUACAAAUGAAGAGGCAAUCUAGCAUUAUGUUGAAGCAUCGUGAAAAUACCUCCAUUUUACACUUCAGCCCAAACUGUCAGAAUACAGAUGUUUUGAAUUCUGUAAACUGCAAAAGCAGCCACAGUAAAGUGUGGAUCAGUGAUACUUUGUCUCAGGUACCACUCAAAUUAGGACAUAGUAGCUUUAUUGAUUUUAUCUGUUUUAUCUUUUAUUUGGUCUAUUAAUAUGAUGAUUUUAUAUUUGAUCAUUAAUGAUUUUAUAUAUAAGGGAACAUUAUAUAAUAUUAUCCUUACUGUCUCAUUUUGUAUGUUUUGUAUCUUUUUAAUGUAUGUAUGUGUUAUGUAAUAAUCAAUGCAUUAUCUCUAUAUUUUUUUAUUCAAAUUUAUCAUAUUUUAUUACCUUUGUUUUGUUUCUAGUAUGUUUUUGCUGCUGUCUUCCAAGGUGCUAUUCACUUUUUACACACAAUGUAAUUUUUAAUAAAAGGACCAAAUCUA